AUCAGCAAAAGAGUGGAAGCAAAAAGAAAAAAACUAUUUAAACUAAAAGUUCAUCUUCUCUCUCAGCCAAAUUCGCAGCGAUUCACCGAGUCGGCCGUACACAACCCCAAUGGCUCCGCCGAUGAGAAAGAGGGCUUGGUCUAGCUUUGACCAGGCCGUGCUAGGUGUAUGGCAGAGGGAGGUUGGCGAGCUCUCUAGCCGGACUUUCGCACACCGACUUGGUGCCUCCAAGGAUUUUGUUCUUAGACUUGAUGUGUAUAAGAAGCUUGAAAAACAUAGAGGAUGUGUGAACACUGUAAGCUUCAAUGAGGCUGGUGAUAUAUUGGUGUCAGGCUCUGAUGAUAGACAGAUUAUUCUCUGGAAUUGGGAAAGGGGGAAAAUAAAACUUUCAUUUCAAUCAGGUCACACUAACAAUGUUUUCCAAGCAAACUUUAUGCCUUAUGCAAGUGAUCGAAGCAUUGUCACCUGUGCUGCUGAUGGGGAGGUGAGACAUGUUCAGAUUUCAGAAAGUGGGAAAGUGGAUACUUUUGUGCUUGCCAAACAUCAUGGGCGAGCUCAUAAAUUAGCUAUUGAUUCUUGGAGCUCUAAUAUAUUUUAUUCCUGUGGUGAAGAUGGACUGGUGCAGCAUUUUGACCUAAGAACCAGAGGGGCCACUGAACUUUUCACAUGCCGACCAAUUGAUAGUAGGAUGUACAUGCAAGUCAUAUCUUUGAAUGCAAUUGCAACUGAUCCAAGAAAUCCAAAUUUCUUUGCAGUUGGAGGUGCUGAUGAGUUUACCCGACUUUAUGAUAUCAGGAAGUAUAAGUGGGAUGGAUCAUCUGAGUUUGGUCAACCUGCAAACUACUUUUGUCCUCCACAAUUGAUUGAUAAUGAUCAAGUUGGAAUUACAGGCUUGGCCUUCUCUGAACAAAGCGAACUUCUUGUCUCAUAUAGUGAUGAGAACAUCUAUCUUUUUACACGGGAGAUGGGCUUGGGAAAUAACCCACUUCCUUCAUCUCCAGUGUCAUCUACUUCGGCUGUAGACACGGAUGAAAAGGCUUCUUCAGCUGCAGACACUGAUGAAAAUGCUGCUCCUCAGGCUUACAUAGGGCAUAAGAAUUGUGUGACAGUAAAGGGUGUGAAUUUCCUUGGGCCUAAUUGUGAUUAUGUGGUAAGUGGAUCUGAUUGUGGAAGAAUAUUCAUUUGGAAGAAAAAGGGUGGGGAGCUUAUUCGUGUCAUGGAAGCAGAUCAGUAUAUCGUAAAUUGCAUCGAGUCUCAUCCUCAUAUAAUGACCCUUGCAAGCAGUGGAAUCGAACACAAUAUAAAGAUAUGGACGCCAAAGGCUUUAGAGAGAGCUGAAUUGCCAACAAAUGUUGAUCAGGUUAUGCCUCAUCGCUUGUGUUGGACCUUGAGCAAUGAAGAUGAUGAUAGUAGUGAUUAUUAUUAUGAUGAAGACGAGGAUGAUCACGAUGAAGAUGACGAUGAAGACUGUGAUGAUGGUGACAAUGAUAGUGAUAGCGAUAGCGAUGACAGUGGUUUCAAGGAGAAUGAUGACGAAAGCAAUAAUAUGAUGAUCUGAUUAUAACACGAUGUGCUAGAUGAUAAUAUUUUUUGAACAGAGUUUGAUGGUGCUAAUAAUGGCUACUAACUGCACUUGUGUUUCCAGCAGAGACCCACAAGUAAGAGUUUGUCGUUCUUUAUCUCUACACUUCAUAGUCUGCCAUCGCGAGAGCGCUUAUUAGGAAGUCUGAUUGAUCAUCGUUAGAUACAGAAGAUGACAAUCUGGUAUCAGGAUCUUGUAGAGCGCCUAGAACAUGACGAUUCCAACUGUACCUGUGGUUCCAUCUGAUUAUAUAUGUUUGGUAAGUUGGAAGACUCACUCUCACUCAACAUAACAUAAGGCCUUGCUAAUUAUUGUAUAGAAUUUUAUCAUAUGUUUGAAAUUUGGAUUUUAGAGAAGAAAAAAAGAAAGAAUUCUAAUCUAAUGAAUUUCAUUUUCUUUUGUUUA